AUGACAUUGCUGCUGCUGCAUUACCGGACUGGUGUAGCCCCAGCAGGAGGAGCGGCAGCAGCAGCAGGAGCAGGAGUAGUUGGUCUCGUUGGCGAACACUCGACGACGCCGCGCGACGCGCGUAAUGUUGUGGCUAUUCUCGUUCUCUCGCCCUGUCCUCCGAGUGUCUCCGUCGUCGUCGUCGUCGUCUGUGUGUGUUCCGGUUUUCGUCGUUCACUGUAUUAUCGACAUUAUGACACGCUUUUCUGUUUUAUCACAACACAUUAA